AUGCCUUAUGCAGCACCCCCAUCAACUAUCACCGAAAACCCCGCGUUUGGGCAAUCAAACAAAACUUUCAAACCGUGGUCCUUUGGAAAAUUAACACUUUUAAGCAGCAAACAAAAUAUGGACGCAACUACUACCGCCAAUUCAUUACCGUCAAACGCUACAAAUCAAGAACAUAAAUCAAAACCUCAAACCAACUCUCGCGAUACCGCUUUGCAACAAGUUAAAGAAAUUCUUUCAACCUCACCUCAACUAGCAACUUCUCCAAGGCGUAAAUCAGCUCCAGAGGUGUUUUCAAGAAAACCCUUGUUAAAAGUUGACCUACCUUUGCAAUUUUCACAUGAAAUGCCUUGUAUCUUAAGAAAGAAAAGUGGCGAAGUCGUUAAACCCUCGCUCAAAAAGGGAAAUUCAAAGUCCGAACCCACAACUCCCACCUUUCCAAAAUAUGUGCACUUUAAUGCAGACUUGGAACAGAUCAAGUUGUUCAAUGAAGCACAAAAACCUCAAGCCGUUAGUGCGGACGCAUCCUCCGAGGAAGAAGAUUCUGACGAUGAUGAUUUCGAUUUUUCCAUCUCAGAUGAUGAGGAUGAUGUCGCGACCGUGGAAGAACCUGAACUUAUGAUCUCUUUACCGAAUAUGCCAAUGAUAACCACAAUGCAUAGUUCAAGACCCGUAUUUGUGGAAACAAUCUUUUUGUCACGAGAUAAAAGAAACCUUCAAGGUCGCGUAAUGGUACAAAAUCUCGCUUUCCAAAAAUCUGUUCAUAUAAGGUACACUUUCGACUUUUGGUCCUCUGUAUCUGAGGUUUCAGCAAGCUACGCGGAAGGUAUACCAGCCAAAGACAAUAAGAAUAGUUUUGACCUUUUCGUGUUUUCUAUCGAGUUGAUUGACAAUUCAAGGAAUCCCAUCGAUGGCAAGACGAUGUACUUUGCCGUUCAUUAUAAUGUUGAUAGUUGUGAUUUCUGGGAUAAUAAUAAUGGUUCAAAUUAUCAAGUCAACUUUAAGAGAAUGAUUGCACCGACCUCACAACCAAAAUCAAAGAAAUCUUCACCUGUCAAAUCGCAAGGCAUUUCGUCAAAAUGGUCCAUGUCAUCAACUCCACGACAAACGAAGAAUAUGGAUGAAUCUCUUUCGCCACCUGCCACGAGACUUUCAGUUCUAAAUGUUUCAGAACCAAGAAAGAAAUUGUUGGGUCGUUAUGAUAUUGGUGUUUCAUUAUCUGCCGCUCAAAAUACUCCGCGAACCUCUUUACCUCCGGCAAAUCCCACACGCGCAUUCCAAGCCUCAUAUUACAUUCCUCCGGCAAUCUCAUAUAAUACCGAAAAAUUCAACUCCUUCUUCCCGGGAAAUUAUAUUGAUGUCAUGACCGGAGGAGAGGUGGCAUAUGGAGAGUUGGUAGCAUAA